UCAAACAGUCCCGGGUGUUACUCACAGUUGUUAAAUAUAACUUCUUUGUCCCCUCCAAAAGGCGGAAGAAAAAUAGAGUUCUUGGGCCUACACAUUCAUUUUGGCGUCAUCCCCGAACGUACUUCGAGCCCUAAAUGUCUAGAGGACCACGUUACACGAGGCAGGAAGAAUGAAGCCUUUUACGAGAGCAGUCUUUUUGACUGUUACUCUGGCGAUUUUGUGGGAAGUUACCGAAAGCGUCAUAACACAAUAUCCUACAAAUGAAACAAAUAUUACUAUCGCUACGACAGUUGGACCUACGACUUAUGAAGUUGUAACUGAUGGCAUAACAACAGAAGAAUCAGACAUAAUUGAAACAGAUGCGCCUACGACAGAAACAGAUGACAUCACAACAGAAUCAGUAAUAAUUGAAACAGAUGAACCUACUACAGAAACAGAUGACAUCACAACAGAAUCAGUAAUAAUUGAAACAGAUGAACCUACGACAGAAACAGAUGACAUCACAACAGAAUCAGUAAUAAUUGAAACAGA